GAGAGAAAGCCCUGUGCCGUUCGGCUGAGACAUGCAGAGCUGCAAGGAGUGGCGGUAGGGAGCGAGCGAGUGCACGAGCGACGGCUGCUAGAAAAAAGUGCGCGAGAGUGCCGAGGAGGAAAACAGGUCGAGGAGUGAACGCGGAGGAGGGAGAGAGUGGAAGACAGAGCGAUAGGUGGAGCACCAAAGACAGGAGGAGAGUGCAUCUGUUCACUUGCAUCUUCUAAAGACUGAGCCAGACAGACACAGAAAUCAUGGCCAACAUCACUUCCACGAGUAAUCUCCCGUGGCACCCAGAGGCGGGGCCUGUCCCCCGCGUCUCCAUGCAGGUCCAGGAGGUCUACCCUUUCCAUGACGGCUGGAAUGUGGCCUGCUUCAUCAUCCUUCUGCUCUUCAUCCUCACUGUCGUGUCUCUGGCUGCCUUGGCCGUGCUCUAUGAGCUACUGGACUGUGGCUGCUGUGCCAAAGGGAAGACACAUCACCAGCUCCAGGAGGAGGGGCCGGGGAGCUGCGGCAAGCUCAUGACCAGCAUUUGCAAGGAGCCGGAAUCCCGCACUGAAGUGGUAUAGGGGCGGCGAGGAAGAUGAAGAUGAGGAAGAGUAGGAAUUCGGGUUUCAGUUGUGAACUGGGCAAUACCACAGCGGUUGACCCCGAUUCCCUGAGAAAAGAACUUCUAAUAUAAGUGCCCAAUAGUGGUUCAAUUGCUCACAGAAGGGAAGAGAUCAGAUAAGGAAGGGGCAGUUUGUUACUGAUUUGGGGUGAGUCUAAUUAGUUUUUCAUUUCAGUUAGGAGGAAAUCUUCACCUUUCUACAUUCACUACCACUUAACACACAGGGUGCACCCUGAAAGCCAUAUUUUACACCAGAAACACUACCAGAAGAAAGACAGAGCACCGAGUAGUCUCUUAAUAAUAGUGCUAGAAAUAGUGUGGCCAUGAUAACAUAACAACACUUAUAUCUGCUAGUUUAUAAAACAAGUAUUCCUGUUCAAUGACAUCUGCCCCGUGAGUACUGCACGUACCUGUGAGCUGGCUGCAAAUGCAAAUGAGCUUCUAUGAGAUAUAGUAAAAUGUUGUUUACAGACAGAAAACGCUAGAGCUGUUCCGAUACUGAUACCAGUAUCGAAAAUGUGUCCAGAUACUGGCCAAAAUACAGUAUCGGCGAGUACGCCAGUCUAUGCACCGAUCCGAUACCAUAAUUUAUUAACCCAGAAAAAAAAUCACUUGUUUAACCUGAAAUGGGUAGUCAGAGUGAGGAAAAUG